UAGCUGCUGCUACUCUUGGAACUCUCAACAAACGAUAUGAUAAUCUUGAUAGUCAAAUAAAAGCUAUGCAAAACCAAAUAUCGGCCCUCGGUGACGACUCAUCAACAACAACUACACACACGUUAACUAGCACAACAACAUCCGUACCUCCAACUGAACAUACAUCUUCUACUAUACUUACAAGUGUAAGUACUGGGUCGACUCAUACUGAUGCUAGUACGCAUCCGGACACAAGUCAAAAUAGUGCUCCAACUUCUACUAUGAACCCGACCACCUCUGGAUAA